UCUCUCUCUCUCUCUCUCUCUCUCUCUCUCUCUAAAGCACCCAUCUUCAGAUCAACCCCCGUUUGAAAGGUUUUCUGAAGGGCCUCUUGGAAGCGAAGCGCGACCAGCAACCAUGAAGAGACCUUCCUCUUCGUCUUCUUCGUCAACCCCCGGCAACAACUCUGCGACUGCAGCCAAGUUCUUGGUCUUGACCCUGCUUCUCUUCCUCCACCCCGUGAUGUCAAUGCCGGCGGCAACUUCGGCGGCAACUUCGGCGGCCAUCUCCCGCUCUUCCGAUUCCUAUGGUAAAUCUUGGAGGAGCCACGACAGCCAGCCCCACCACCUCCGCCACCAUCAUUCUUGCGAUCCCUCCUCCCGCCACGAAAACCUGCCGCAUUACUCUUAUUCUCUGUGCUUCCAUCUCGAAAGAAUCCGCCGCCACCAGCCCCCGCCGCCGCCCGACGAGAUUGACCCGAGAUACGGCGUCGACAAGAGGCUCGUCCCCUCCGGCCCUAACCCUCUUCACAACUGAAACUGAAAGUACUACUCAAGAAAACUUUCCUUGCAUUUUCCGGUCUUUUCUUUUCUUUUUUCCGGUGGGCUUGAAUUUCUUUGAUAAGUAUGGUAAAGAGGAAACGCGGCUCUUUGCAGCACCGACCUCCUUUCUCCCCUUGGGCGUCAGCGAGGGAGGAAUUAAAGAGGGCUUUCACGGGGUAACGUGCAAAUUUAUUGCGGAUGAGGAAAGAAGAUCAGAGAGGCACACAAUGCAUGGCUAUUGCAGAGCCUCUACACGCCAUCGUUUUUAACUGUUUCAAGGUUUUACGUGUUUAUUUUCUUCCCUAUAUACUUAUGUAGAAUGUAGUAGCGCCAUUUCCACGCUUGUCUUUGUCUUGGAAAAUCCCAUGAGAGAGAAAGAGAGAGAGAGAGAGUUUUUCAUGGAAGGGAGAGGAUGGAGCAGAAACAAGCAUGGAAAUGGCCGAUGAAACCCUUGCAAAUAUAGAGUGUGUAUUUACUAUGUUAUUCAAUUCAUCGUGUGUUUGUGGUUUUCUGCUGGUUUUCUUCUUUUCUUAU